AUGGUUGUCGCUACCAUCAAGUGUGUCGUGGUGGGGGACGGUGCAGUAGGCAAGACCUGUCUGCUCAUCUCAUACACAACGAACAAGUUCCCUUCGGAAUAUGUGCCCACCGUCUUUGACAACUACGCUGUGACUGUCAUGAUCGGCGAUGAACCCUACACCCUUGGACUGUUCGAUACCGCCGGACAAGAAGAUUACGACCGUCUGCGCCCCCUCUCCUACCCACAGACUGACGUGUUCCUGGUCUGCUUCUCCGUCACCUCUCCCGCCUCCUUCGAGAACGUCCGCGAAAAGUGGUUCCCCGAAGUCCACCACCACUGCCCCGGUGUCCCCUGCCUCAUCGUCGGCACCCAGACUGAUUUGCGCGAAGACGCCGGUGUGCGGGAGAAGCUCUCCCGUCAGAAAAUGCAGCCCAUUCGCAAGGAAGAUGGUGACCGCAUGGCCAAGGAGCUUGGUGCGGUGAAAUACGUCGAGUGUUCCGCUCUGACGCAGUACAAGCUUAAGGAUGUCUUUGAUGAGGCUAUUGUUGCGGCACUUGAGCCCGCGCCGAAGAAGAAGUCACGGGGCUGCCGUUUGCUGUGA